AACUUAUUCAUUUCAAAAUUUCAAAGUUAACCAAAAAAAUUACCAUCCGAAAAAUGGAGUUUACAGCACCACAAGAUCUUGGAGAACAGUGUGAAGAAAGCUGUGAAGUUUAUCAUCUCUCCACUUUCGCUCCACCAACAUGUUGCAAGACUUGUGAAGAUUUAUGCUGCUAUUCAUGCAAUUGUAAUUUACCUGAUGAAUGCUGCAAUUGUAAGCCUGUUUGUAACUCAACAUGCGACGCAUCCUGCCAGAGAUUAUAUCAAAGAAUCAAACACAUCCCAAAGUACCCUUCAAAUUGCACAAAAAUCUCAAAUUGCCCUAGUUGUUGUAUAACUCCAGCCAGACGAGAAGUUUUAAGACCAAUCAAGAUUUUCAAGAAUGAAUGUCAUAUGCCGAAUUAUACCACAGUAUACCGCAAAUCUUACGAUAUUCCUACUUGUCAUCUACCUUUAUAUUAAAUUUUUUUGUAUCACAUCAGUAAAUAAAUCAAGUUGUUCGAAAGACGCAUUUAGAG